AUGAACAGAUACGAUUACGCGUAUCGCAUCCGCAGCGUGUACAAGCUGAAGAAGCCCAGUGGUAUCACGGAGCUGAAGGCGCGCUAUAGAAUCAAGGCGGCUCCCAGAGGCAUUAUUUACCUGUCCGCAAAAGUCUCUGAAGAUAUUGUUUGGAGCGCACAAGAGUGUAUACUUCCCAAGCUUCUCGAGACAUCAUUCGCAGAACAUUCUGUAUCUACACCUCUUUCAAAGGAAGCUCCUUUCAAUGUCGACGGUGAUUCCACGGGGUUGAAGCGGUGCCUGGCAGACAACACCAAGAUGGAUGUCCCAGAAGCAAAAAGAGAGAAGCCAGCCGCCACUUAG